AACUCAUUUAAUAACUACAAUCUUUGGUCUCAAUUUGGUCGUAAGUCAAAGACUACCUGUAAAAACAGGAUCUUGAAAACUGGUCCAAGUUGGUUCCUUCUUAUAUUAAGCAAUAUCAAAGUUGGAUUGAGUUUCUUUGUCUUUCUUUCCUUUAUUUUUGAACUCUUAUCAUCUUUUGUGGCUGCGUGAUGCCCUCCCCAAAGUCAAAAAGUGAAUUUGAGAUAUAUUUUUUCCCCUCACUCUCUUACUCCUGCAGGGAAUUGCUUCUCAACCAACAUGUUACAUACCAAAGUCAAAACCGAAAAACCAGAUCUUGAGACGGCCAAUGCUCGAAACCGUCUUGAUGCCGUCCUACAGUGUCUGCUGGAGAAAACGGAUGUUGACAGGGAUCAAAUGGAAGAGGACCCUGGAAAGACAUCAUCAGAUGCGCUUAGCAAGGACCCUUCUCCUAUUGCUACAGGAAAGAG